AUGAAUAAGUUUUCAACUGUCAGAUAAUAACUCUAACCUCUUUUUCCUAUAGAUUAAAACACAACCCUUAAAUUCAAACCAAGAUCAUCAUCUUAUUGUGAAAGAAUCAAAUAACUCUAACUCAAAACUACAUAAUACAUGCCCAAAUAAAGAAAAAGCAUCAUCUAUUGUAUGGGGGAAACCAGCAGAUUAAAUUCAUUUUAAAUUAAGCCUAAACCUAAAUAUGUUAGUAAAACCAACACUCGUCAUCAAACAUUACAAAAUGAAAAUUCCAUUAAUUAUGAUAUAUCACCAUGGGAUAAUUAUUCACCAACUUGA